GUCUGUCUGUCUGCCUUUCUCUCGACAGUUUGCAGUUACACAGAUCCAUCACAAAGCGGCGACAGCACUGGGAAUUGGACAGACGUAGUCGCAAGAAGGACUUUGCCACUGAGGGGACACCAUGGGGAAAGCCUUGUCCCACUUGUCGCCGUCCUACAGAGCGAGCAAGGAGGGCGACUCGGGGCCCAUCCUGGGGGAGGCCGACGGCAAAGGGUGUUCGGAGCAAGAGAGCGAGGAGCGUGGCCAGGCGGAGGGCAGCACACACCUGCCCUACGUCGAGUUUGUGGGGAGAGAGGUCAAGUGCCCGUCGUGCCAGGGGACAGGACGCAUCCCUCGAGGGCAGGAGAACGAGCUGGUGGCUCUGAUCCCCUACAGCGACGAGAGGCUGCAAACAUGGCGCACGAAGCUGUACGUGCUGAUCGCUGUGGUGACCAGCCUCCUGCUCAGCGGGCUCGCCAUCUUCUUCCUGUUCCCGCGCUCUAUUGAGGUGGAGCACGUGGGGGUGAAGUCGGCCUACGUCAGCUACGACCGGCCCGAACACGCGGUCCACCUUAAGAUCACGAAUAUCUUGAACGUCACCAACCACAACUUCUACACGAUCAGCAUCACAGACCUGUACGUCCAGAUUGUGUUCUUCAGUGAAGUGAUUGGGACCAUCAAUGUCAAGAACACUACAGCCAUCAGGGCCCUGGGAGGGGGGCAGAUUUUCUACACAGUGGAAGCCUUGUUAGAAGAAACUGGCAUGUACCAUUACUGCACCAUCCCAGAGAUCAAAGUGCACAACAUUGUCAUCUCCAUCCAAAUCACGGUGACAGCCUGGUACCUGUCCCACUCCGAGCAAGUGUCCAUCAACUCCUACCAGUACGUGGAUUGCGGCUCCAACACCACCAGCCUGCAAAGCCCUUACUACCCUGAUCAGAGCUCCCGCCCGGUGCUGCUCAGCUAACCCCAAAGCUUCGUGUCCUUCCCAACACACAGUGCAUCCUCUGUGUGUGCGCCUGUCAUCCCUGUGGCCUGAUCAACACAUCAUAUCAGCCAAUAACUGCCCCCCCCUCGCCCCCUCCGUCUUCUUCCCCGCUUUCCUAGUUGUCUCCCUCCCGCCCUACCGUCAGCCUCUCUGCCCC